UUUUUCGGAACGUAAAUCUUGCCAGAUGAAACAGUGAGCGUUCACGUAACAAACGAACUCGGUUCGACGAUUCCUCGUGGUAAUCGGUCAAUUGAUUCAGGAUUUUUGUGAGUGAACGUUGUGAUUCCUUUAUGUAAAAGCGAAAGGAAGAAAGUAUGGUCUCGGUGAUGCAGCCGUUCAUGGAUGUGGAGAGCUCCAGAAGUUACAUCGAUGAACUGUACUCGCCAGAUCCCCAGAAAUGUUUGGAAGCUAUUAUAUGCCUAAAAAAUUCAGUCAUUGGUAGCAAUAGACAAAAGGGUUCAGUAAUUGCUCAAGGAGUAGUACCUAGAUUAUUGCAACUGCUUGGAGAUUCGUCAGGCACUAUUGAAGAUCGUAUAAGACUUGAAUCUGCUGUGACAUUAGGUUCUUUAGCCAAAGGAACGGAUCAACAUGUAUUGGCACUUAUAGAUCUUGGUGUAGUGCCAUUGCUUUUUCAGGUUUUAUUAUCUACACCAGCUUCAGACACACCUCCAGAAGGAAAGCCAAAAGUAACGGAUUUGUUACUUGAAGCAUGUUUACGAUGUUUACGUACAGUAUUUCAACAUCCAGCAGCACCAGUUCAUUCGAUAUAUCAAGAUCCUGCAUUGGUGCCUAGAUUAGUAUCAUUAGCAAAUCGAUCUGUAACUUCUCAAAUUUGUGUAGCAACAAUUUUAACAACAGCAUGCAAGACAACAGAAGAACAAAAUGCGUUAUCAGAAGGGGGCGCAGUAAGAAUAUUAGCAAUGCAAUUGGAUUCCCCAUUACCUGAUGUACAAUUAUCAGCUUUGGCUUGUCUAGCGAAUAUGUGUUAUAAGAACUACAGGGUGUGUGUUAUGGUUGCCUCUGCAUCUACCAGUAAUACAGUACAAGGUAGACAUGUACCUGUAGCGCUAGGACAAUUAAUGGGCCGCGAGAAAAGCUCGUUAAUUCAACUUGAAGCUGCCAGAUGUGUUACAUACAUGAAUAGAACCGGAGUUCUAUUGUGCAAAGAUCCCAGAAUUAUUUAUCGUGCUUUACCUUGUUUGGUGAGACUUUGUUAUCGGGAUCGUCCGCCACGUGAAAGGGUAGCCGCAGCAGAAACAUUAGCUUUCCUUACCGAGGUCAAUACCGAAUUACAACGUUUAGCUUCUAUUAGUAAUCAUUUAAUUCCCACACUUGCAGAAUUGUUACGGCCUCACCCACAUGUACUAGACGCAACCUUAACACAGGACAUGCGACAAGCUGCAUUUAGGGCAUUCGCAUCUCUUAGUGCAAAUGACGAAGAUAUUCGAAAGCGUAUCAUAGAAAAGGAGAAUCUCAUGGAACAGGUAGUGUCAGGUCUUCAAGAUCCUGGAGCCCAUGUACGUCUAGCAGCGGUUCGAUGUCUACAUUCACUCUCUAGAAGCGUUCAACAGCUACGAACAAGUUUUCAAGACCAUGCUGUCUGGAGACCGCUUAUGCAGUUGUUACAUGGAGCAGAUAAGGGAUUGGAGGGGAGAGGCGAAAGUGAAAUUGAUUUAUUAACUGUUGCCUCGAGUACUUUAUGUAACUUAUUACUGGAAUUUAGUCCAAGCAAAGAACCAAUUCUCGAAUCUGGGGGAAUAGAGUUACUAUGUUCACUAACGAAACGGUGCACGCCAGCCUUACGAUUAAAUGGAAUUUGGGCAUUGAUGAAUGUCGCUUUCCAAGCUGAACAACAAGUAAAGUUACAGAUCUUAUCAUGCUUGGGUACCGAUCAAAUUUUUUGCCUUCUAGCUGACCAAGAUAUACCAAUUCUAAUGAAGACACUGGGUCUGUUACGAAAUUUACUGUCCACAAGCGUCCACAUUGACCGUAUAAUGGGUGAACAUGCUGCACACGUAAUGCAAGCCGUUAUAUUGGUUCUAGAAGAUCCAAGACACCCAGCAGAUGUAAAAGAACAAGCACUCUGUAUUUUGGCGAAUGUGGCCGAUGGCAUUCGAGCGAAGGAUCACAUUAUGGCUAAUGAAGAUGUGCUUAAGAAACUUAUGGAUUAUAUGAUGCAUAACAAUAUAAAGCUGCAAGUUGCAGCUGUGCUGUGUGUGUGCAACCUAGUCUGGAAAGAAGAACCUGGAGCUGCGCAGCGGCAAGCACGUUUAAGGGAAUUAGGCUUUUAUCGUAUUUUACAACAAUUGCGGCAUACCAAGGAACUUCAAUUAUUCGAUAAGGUCAGAACUUGCAUGGCACAAUUCUAUGAUGCCUAAACUGCAAAACACAUUACUGACGCAAAUUAGGUUUUGAUUUAGAGUUCUUUUAUACUUGAAAUACAAUUAUAUUUUGGUGUUAACUCUGUGAUCCUGUACUAUGUUAAUGCAUAAGCAUUUUAUAUUUAUAUAGAAAAAAAAUACAAAAACGAUAAUCCCCGA